AUGUGGAGUUGCAGGGCUUCCAGCGAAGUGUUGUUCCCUUUGAGGGUUGCUUUGGGCUUAAGUCUUUUGGAUUGCGGAGACAAGUGUCCGGUCAUGGAGAGUCAAGGUGUGUUUAGCGCGAAGUUCUCGGCAGCCAGAACUCCGAGUGAGGAUAAGGCCCUCGGACUGCCUGAUACUCUUGAAGGCUGUGUGCGUUUAAACUGGGGUUUGGAGCAUCGUAUGACCCCUGCAAUGUUUCUGACGAUUGGCCUGCAGUGUUUGGACAAGUUGCGCAAUGACUUGCGUCUGCGUUUAAAAUCAGUGGAGCAAAUCCAGUUCAAGGAAAAAAGAAUGGAAUUGGAGGUUGUAAUCGAUCCGGCAUACUCGGUAUAUCCCGAAGAACCGGUGGCGGUAACGCGGGCGUGUAUGACGGAACAAAUGUUAUCACGGCUGGCUACUUUUGUAUCCGCAGACGAACAUGAGUACCCGGUAGAGGUAAUAGCCCUUUGCAAGCGUUACGCCGGGAAUACGGUUUUCACAAUGGACUUAUUGGGUUUGGGGGAGGAGCCGAGAACCCUGGACGGGAUUGAGAAGGAGCUGCGUAUUGCCUGCCAGGCGUUGAGUUCACAACCUGGCAAGUAUUGGCGAGGAGUCUGCCGACCUCGAUUGGGUCUGAGUACAUUCCACGACGUCGCAAUAAUUCGGUCGCAUGAUGGUAAACUCUGUCAGGAAUGUGAACCACGGAAUCUUUCGGACCUGCGGCCGUCGCAAAGGAUUCGCAGUCUUGUGGAUGCCAGCUUGUCUGGCGACGGUACUCCGACGGCCAGCAUCCUACCGAGUGACGGAACCCCAGAGGGGCGGACUUGGUCACAGAUCAUGAACGUUGCCGCUGAACGCGUGCGUACAGACACUAAUGAACGAUGUCAUGAAACCGUCCAAAUUCCCAUCGAAAGAACCUGGAAGCCUUGGCAUCAGGGCUACAUGCGAAAAAAGCACCGUGUCGAAGCACACCUCCAGUCCCAACUUGAACGUGGAUGUCUUAUACAACUUCAAGAUCUACUCAAAACCUACCGACUCACUAACAAGCAAUGUCACAGUCUCGUGCAUCAACUGCGCUCACUUCUGAAGGGCAUUGCCGGAAAAAUACCCGACAGCGAAAAAUGUUGCGUCGGCUCAUACGCUCAGGUUUACGUCAGUUUGGAUGAAAGCCUUCGCGAAAUCCUUCCAGAUUUCGGAACCAAGCUACGGGUCGUCCUCACUCCAGAAUGCAUGAAAGCUAGUUCUAAACAAGAGGCAAACGAAAUCACCCAAAAAUUUAUCAAAAGACUUUGCGAUGACGCAGACUGCGAACCAUUCGUUUCCAAAAAAGACAUUUCACGCGCGUUGGCUUUGAACUCUUUUUUCCCCUUGGUGUAG